AGGUCUGAUAUUUACGUUGUAGUAUUAGUUAUGAUAUUGUGAAAUACUACUGUUUAACAAUAUACAUCUACUGAAAGUAAAAUUUUGUUAUUAAGAUUAGUACUACACUUUCAAAAUACAAGAGAAGAAACAGAAGAUUACUAGAACUUGGAAGAGACUGAGGAAGCAAGGCAGGAUUUUGAUAGAGUUAAGGUAUAAAACACCAACACGUACGCCUAAUCUUUCAAGUAUAGUCAUGACACAAUCAAAAGUAGGACUUGUUGGGUGUGGUACUCUAGGUGGCAAGAUGGCAGGUGACUUUGCUUACCAUGGUCAUGAGGUGUGGGUGUAUGACCAAAAUUCUUCAGCUUUGGAUAACUUGGUAGAACGGCUAAAGUAUGACAGGGAAGAGUUAAGAAAAGAUAACUUGUUAAUGCAAACAGAGUUUGUAGGAAAUGUGUAUUAUAUGAACAGACUAGAAAAGACUGUCAGAAAGUCAGGCUUCAUAUUUGAAAGUGUAACUGAAGAUUUGGAGAUCAAGCAAGACAUAAUUGAACGAAUUUCUCAUUGUGCCACUUCAGAUGCCGUAAUAGCCACAACCACCAUGUACCUGAACUUGGAUGAAGUGUUUGCAAGAGCAUUGAAACCAGAGAGAUGUAUUGGGGUUAGAUUUUUGUUUCCUGUCUAUUAUGUUCCAGAAGUUGAAGUAACUCUCAGUUCAAAAACCAGCAAUGAGACCUUGACAAAAAUUCAAUCAUUUCUAGGAAAGAUGGGAAAGAUACCAUUCCUUCGUAUAGGGCCCGAACCAUUUCUACUGACAAAUGAAGAGAAGGAGGCAAAGAAAUUUGAAUAUAUAAAGAAUUUCCAAAAUAGUCGAGGACUUCGGGGAAGACCAAGGCUCAGCAUUCCAAACUUAAUUCCUCAAGGUUCUUCCUUUCCAUUGUCGAUUGAUGAAAACCAAAAUCAUCAAGUUAAAGAUUGUGUAAUAUGUAUGGAUGCUGUUAGAGACUCAACUCUCCUCCCCUGUUUUCAUGUUUGCAUCUGUACCAAGUGUGCUAAAAUGUUGAUGAAGAGAGAAGGAUAUUGUCCAGUGUGUCGGAAAGAGAUCACUGAAGUUGGUCCUCACUAUUAUCCAUAAUUCUAUAUUUCUUUCUCCACACAAAUACAUUAGUAUUGGUUUCAAAGGUUAGGUGUAAAAAUUAAAGUUUCUAGGACAAAACCUUGAACCCCUUGUGAUGUUGAUUUGAGUUGAUUUAAAUAUGGGAACUUUCUCUGUUAAUCAAAGUGAAUAUUCAGAAUAUCAAAAAUGCAACUUAGUCGAGUACUUAUUAUUGUCGAGUAGACGGAAAGCUGUCAUGUUUUACUGUUUAGUUUGAUUUGUGUGCCUUUACCUGGCUAUGUUAAGUAUUUUACUGUAUUAAUGGUUGUUUGAAUUAUCAAUAAUUUAACUUACAUUCUUUCAAGGUCAUCUUUAUUUUUAUAUCUUAUUUUUGAAUGAAAAAUUUUAUGAUGAAUAUUGGUUGCUGAAAGCACUUAUUUUCCUGUAUAUUAAUCCAUUGACACUGCAGAAUUUCCUUCAGUUGUUUUAAGAAUUUUUUUGUAAUAGUAUAGGUAGAAAUUAAAAUCUUAUAGCAGUGGAAAAGUUACAUAUACAUAAGAUACAGAAAUAAAAUAUUAUAUUUUUGUUCCUUUAAACCUCAAUUUUAGUUGGUUCCUUGGGAAGCUCUUCUUAAUAAAUUUCUUUUUCAGAGGGUUAUUUUCAAGAACUGUUAGUUUCUUUCAUAUUGUAUUCAAUUUUCUGUCUGGUUUAAAUUUGAUGCCCAAACUAUAGUUGCAAAAGUAUUAGCAAUAAAUCCAUGAAAUGAUGUGCAUACAUUAAUAUAGUUCCUUUAAUAACUUAUAUUAAAUAGAAUAGAAUUAUCAUUUUGUGUACAUGAUAAAAGGUGCAUAAAGUCAUUAAUGUAGAUCUUAAACAUAAUAAAUUUUUGGUAAAAAAAAUAAAUCUCAGUGUAUCCUUAAGAAACAUAAAAUAUAAUUUUUCAGCAAAAAAAAUAAUGAUGACUGACUUGUAUAGUCUUUUCUUUCAGGAUGACACUUGUACAGUUAAUUUUGAAUUCCAGCCAUAAUUAGCAGGUAAUAAUUAAACAACAGAAAUUCUAUUGAAAAAAAAAUAAUUUAUAUAUAUAUAUAUAUACAUGUGUUAUGUAAAAAUACAACAUUUUUAUUAUUAUCGAUGUACAUACCAACAAAUACAUGAUUGCCACCAGCAAAGCUAUAAUGAAACAAAGUUAUACCAUUUAUGCAAAAGUAUGAAUGAUAUCAUUUGAAAGUACAAGUGUUUGUGGCCAUAGGACCAAAUAGCAUUGGGGAUAUUCCAUCUACCAGACAUAAUCAAAGCAACAGAUGGAAAAUUAAAAAGCAAGCUACAGUUUCAACAAAUGAUUAGGAUCUGGGCACUAGAACUCGUGUCCUAGAUCCCACUACCACUCACUGUCUAUAGCUGGUUGUAGGUGCAAUAAAAUACCCAUAAAACACCCAAUCUCUAUCCUUGUCUAAUUACUAUCUAAUAUUAAUAUAUGGUAUUAACUUAAGAACUAUAUAACCCUCCUUUAUAGAUUAAAUAGUUAUAAUUCUGUGCUCUUCCUCCUUCCUUAAAUCUGUUAAAACUGCACAUAUAAAUAACUAACCAAAAUUCAAUACUUCUUCGUCAGUUUUUCUUACUCUGUAGCUCAUUUUCAUUGUUUCUCUGUAACUUCACCUGUCAAGUUCUUCAAGCUGUCAGUUUGUUUUAUAGACAUGGUUCACAUUUUUAACAUGUAGGGUGGGACAGACCAUAUGUAUCAUUUCAGUCUUAGUUUGAUAUCUUUCCUGAAGAAAUUUUUUAUAAUCGAAGAGUGCUGGUUUUUGAUAUUCCUAUUCUUCAGUCUAUCUCUUUUUGCUUUGUUACACUUUCCAUCGCUAUUGAUCUUUGUCCCUGAUUAAGUAAACUCGUGUACUUGUUCUAACUCUUUACCUUUUACUGUGAUGCAUACGCUGAGACCUUCAUCAUAUUGUGAAAUUACCAAUGUCUCAGUUUUGUUGAUAUUUAUUCUGAGUACAUAGUCUUUCCCUUAUGAACAAACCUGUGAAGUAACUGUUGUAUUUCUUUCUCAUUUUCAUCUGUAAGUGCUGUAUCAUAAGCAUAAUUAUUACUGUGAUUGGUGAUUCUGUUUUUGUUAACCUAUAUCAGUAAUUACCCCUCUCAUUAACCAAUCUACAUACAAAUUAUGUAAUGUUGGUAACAGCACAUCUCCUUAUUAUACGCCUUUCCACACUUUCAACUGCUUAGUUUUCCAUGAAUUCAAACUGCUAAUUCCUCACUCCAGUAUAAAUUCUUAAGGAUUCUGGGUGUUUGCUUAAUCUACAUCAAGGAUCUCUAACUUCUCAUAGUUAAUGAACACCAUCAUUCUCCCACUCUUGAGGUCUGACUGAUCAAGCUGAUAGCCCUGUAUUAGCUCAUGCCCCAUUGCCUGAAGCUUGUUCCUCUAUAAAUUGAGUUCUUAGUGGCAGUGAGAUAUUUAAUUCCUAAAUGUUUCAUUUGUUUUAUAAACUCUGCCAUAAUCUCAUCUAUGCUGUGAUUUUUUUCCAUCUUUUAAACUUCUGACAGCCAUGGCCGGAUUAUCAAGGGGGCCACUGUGCCUAGGGCCUAUGAAAUUUGGGAAAUAUGUAUUUUCACUGUGGUAUGGCCUAUGAAGUUUUAUAGGCCAAUGAAAUAAAUGGAAAAAUUCUGUUCUGUUAAGUUUGACAAAAGAGAAAUAGAUUAUAGACAUAAGACUAAGUGAUUAUAGACAUUAAUUUAGUAUCUAUUUGCUUAGUGCUUAGACACACGCCACACCUGACCGGCCUGAAACCAACUAAAAUCUAAUAAAAAUCACAAAGGAAUAAAUAAACUCCACUUUUAAGUUUAUUUUCAUAAUGAAUAACAAGUAACAGUUUUUAUCAAACAUCAGAAUAUUAAACAAUUCAAUGGUUUAUUAUCAUUGAUAAUAGUUUCAUACUAAAUACACUUUUCAGCUCUUGCCUGCAGCAAAGUCUUCAAUAAUGUCCUGAAAGUCCAACUUUUUAACAUGAUCUCUCUCUAUGUUGAGUAGAGCCAAUAACUAAAGGAGACUUUGGCCCAUUAUAGAUCUUGGACAAUUUUUUAUCCUUAUAAGUAUGAAACUGAUCUCUCACUUUUGCAGCUGGUACCAAGUAUUGACAAAUAUAUUCUGAAAGCUAUAUUCACAUUUGGAAAGCUGUUGACCAGCACCUUGGUUACCUGAGUUUUCAGUAAUUCUGCCACUGAUUUAUUGUUGGGAAACAUUUCUCUGAACAACAUAAACUCCUCAGUAAACAUGGAUUCAAUGUCAUCCAUGUAGAUGUCCACCAACUCAGUUACUUUAUUUGAAAUUGUUUCCCUUGAUAGUGAGGAAUCAAGGAGAAAACCAAACUGUUCCUCAAGCAUUCCAUAUGCUGUGCAUCACUUCCACAUUUUGACCAGUAACCAGGUGUGAAUGUUUCUGUUUGAAAUAUGUUACUAGUAUUUCUUCCUGGUCCUGUCCUUGUUUCUUUUUAUCCAGAUGUGGUCAUGUCACAAGCUUUUGUCUUAAAUUCAUCAAAUUUCUUACAAAUAUGUGCCAAGUGUGCAAUCAGACUGUCAUAGACUUUUAAUACUGUUCAAAUUUCAAUCCCUGGUUCUUGCUAUGCCUUGCUCACAAUGUUUAUUCUUUAUAGAAUGUCAUCCCACAUGAUGCUCAUCACUGCUAUUUCUAACUGGCCUAAUUUUUUUUUUAAAGAUCUUGCCUUGCUAACUGCUGAAGGUGCUAUAUGAUCAUGAUUUAUGACUUUGGUGAGUGCCCUUAUAAUGUGUAACGAGAGCUUUUGUAGCAUCAUUGCUGGCUGCCCACCUUGUUUCUGACAAGGUUUUGACAUUUUUCGUCUUCUCUAGCAGGAUAGCCUACCUUUGUGGGGAAGCCGAGAAGAAGUUGUAUAGGGCUUGCAGUACAUCAAAGAAGUUUACAGCACCAAACAACACUCUGCAGCAGAUGAACCAACCAGGUUCAGACUGUGUGCUGAGCAGGAUAGCCAUUCUGCUAAUGUGUUAACAUGCCUAUACUUGGCUUGCAGACCUGAAUAGAUGCCACUCAUGUUACUCGCAUUAUCGUAGGACAGGGAUCUGCAAGCUGUGAUGUCAAGACCAUAAGUAUCUUGCAACACACCGAACAAGUACUGACCAUCAUGACUUUCUAUUGGAAUGAAUUGAAGGAACCUUUCCACGACAUCUGCAGUUGAAUUCACAUACCUUAUAAUGACAGAUAAUUGCUCAAUAUGGCUCAGGACAGGUGUCGAAUCUACGCUAAUGCUGUAACAUUUUGCCUCUUUUAUCUCUGUAAUUAUGGUUUCAUUUAAUUUUUUCCUCACAUGUAUUAGAAUAGAGGUAAGACACAUAACCUUUCCCUGCAUUUCCAUAUCUAUCAAUGUGUUCCUUUAGGAAGGGGUCAAACUGGGCUAGUGGGUCCACACAUACCAGGAAGUUCCCAUUGUUUGAGCCCCUAUGUAUCUCUGUUUUCACUCAGAAUGUAAGACCUCUUUCAGAAAGAAACUUCACUACAGAAACAACUCAUCUCAGUACCUCCACUCAAUAAUAUUGUGAUUGUUCAUGCUCCUCAACAAGCUUAGAGUCUAUUCUCCUAGAGCUUUGAAAACACAACUUUGCAGAGAGGGAUGCAAUAUGAUCAUGUGACAUGUCAUGAGAGGUUAUUCUACUACCAGCAUGCUUCCAAUCAUCAAAUCCUAGUAUGAAUUGUAUCCCUGAGAUUUGUUGAUUGAAUACUUUACAAAUGUAACAAAAGACAUUUCCUGUAGAUGAUGAAUAAAUCAUCCAGUCUCUUGUCACAGUUUCACCAUUUGUCAGUUUUCAUGACCUGGAUGUUGCUUUUUGUCCCCAUAUUGUCUGACUUUUAACAUAAAGUCUGCAUCUAGAUUUUGUGAUGGACAUUGGUUAAAAAAUUGUUCUGUCAAAUCAGCAGUUACAUUCCAACAAGCUGGCUUUUUAUCAUAACUGUGCUUUAGUUCUGGGGAAGUGAGUUCUGUGUGUAGUGGUGGAACAGUGUUCUCUUUGCUAUAUCCUGAUGACACUCUUUUUGUUCACGGUUCCUGACUUGUUCAAUAUCUUCAUUGGUGACAUCAGCCCCACUGGUAUCUUCUGUUGAGGUCCCAGGUUUACAUGAAUCAGUCUUGUGCUCCUUGUUAUCUCUUUUCAUGUAUUUCAGUAGAGAUCCCUUCAUCUUUUCCAUUGUUUCCUCCUCCUCUUCCUUCUUUCUCCUCUUUUGAUGACCUGACUCAGGUUUUCUUUUGUAUCCAUCAGACAUUUCAAUCAAGAUACUGUAACAGAAAAGAAUAGUGCAAUAAUAUUUCUCAUUAAAAAUACAUUUAUCUAGAAAAUUGAUAUAUAAUUGAUAGGUCAGAAUAAAUCUAAAGCUUUUUGUAUGGUAUGCCUUCCAUUGUUUUGAAGCUCUAAGACCACAAAGCACAAAUGUGUCCCAUUUAUUGGUCACACCAUGGUGAAACAAAUACACAGUGUGUAUGUAUACACACACACACACACACACUGUAUUGUACGUAGAAUAUGUGUGUGUACAUGGCGUAAAGAGGUUAAUUUAAUUAGCUAUAGUGCUAGGAGAACAAGCACAUUCACAAGGGAACAAUUUGGGUCUAAAUUAAAAUAAGGCACAUAAAUAGAUGGUGCAUCAGCAAAUUUAGGGGCCUAUAAUAGAAAAUUGCCAAGGGCCUACAUAACCCUUAAUCCAUACCUGCUGACAGCUUCCUGUUGUUCCUUCCCAGAAUUGCUGGGUUGUUGAUAAUUCAAUCUACCAGUUCUUGGGCUGGUUCUUCUUUCCUGAGAUUGUUAUACAGGUGUCUUACAUAUUCCACCUACAUUGUUUUAACACCCUAAAUUUCAAGAAGUAUCUGAUUUUUCUUAAUUUAUGCCUCCACUGGAAGACAGAGUAGGUUUCCUUUCCAAAUUGUAUUCUUCUAUACAUGUCAAGUAUGUUAUGCAUUAUCUCACCUUCCUUAGUUUCUGUACAAUUCUUGUUCAGAUACUAAUCCUUUGUUUCUAAACCAAUGCAUUAUUUCCUUAUCUACUUUCUUCUCUUUCUGUUCUCUUCUUUCUAAUUGUCUCUUUAUUUUUAUUUUUUUAGUUUCAUCAUUCAUCCAGGUUUUGUUUUCACCCCUUCUUCUUCUCUUCCACAUAAUUCUCUCUUCUGCGUCCUGCAGUACCACAUUCUUUAAAGUUAGCUCACUAGUCCUUGUUAUGUUAAUAUUUCAAACUGGUUUUUAUUCUCUAUCAAAAAAAUCUUUGGUUAUAAAUUUUUUUUUCUAAAAUGUUUAAAUCCCAUUUUGUUCUUUGUGAAGCAUCCUUGUUCAGCUUCUUUAAUUUUAGUCUUGUUUGUCCUAUUAUAUCAUUCUGAUCAGAGCACAAUCUGGUCUUGGAUAAGUUCAAACUCAUGUUACAAAUUUUAUGAAGUGGUUUUUAACAAAUAGGUAGUUUACCUGACUUAUGAAAAUUCUUUCAUUAUAACAUACUGUGGUGACCUCCACAAUAUACAAGGUGAUUUCUAAGUCAAGAGUUGCUUAUCACUAAGCCUUGCUCUUCACAAAACUGUGCUAAUCUAUUUCCUCUCUCUGUCUGUCCAACUAGUAUGUUGUUACUGCUUUCACCAAUUUUUGCAUUAAAGUCGCCCAGAAUUUAUAUACAGUACUCCCCAAAUAGCUUUCUUUCAUAAAGCAUUGAGUAGAUUUAAGAUUUUUUUAAUCAACGGUUUUAUGGUUGGUAACAAAUUCUCAUGAUUUCUAUGUUGUUGUUUUUAAUUUUAUGCACUGCUAGUGAGAUUGGCCUAAGAGGUUAAGGUGAUGAGAAAGUUUUACUGAAACCAUAUGAUUAUUCUCUUCUGAAACAUUUCAUAUUCAUUUAAUGACAAUUGGGUUUCUAUGGGAUUUAACUUGGGGAAGACUUGUAUAUUAGGGUAGAUAAGAAGUGAAUAUAGUUUUAUUAUUUUUGUUCAUAGCAAAUGGUUUUUGUUUUAUUAUAUAUAUUGUUAUAACAACUGUAUUCUAGUCAUAAAUAUUCACUUGCUUUUAUCAUUUUAUUAUCCCCACAAAUUUUUAUUGAAUUUAAGUGAAAUUUGCAAUAAUUGUGAAAAAAAUAUAAUCAACCUAUAUAACUUACAAUACUCUACAGUUCAUUAUGAAUUGUUUUAUUUUGCUUAUAACUUUUACCUUUUACAUAGACAAUUUUAGCGCCUUGCUUUGGGGAGUGUAAGAACGGUUUUUGAGAGUUAUUGGAAAACAGUUAAUGUUAUUUAACUGUUGUUCUAUAUUGUGAACAAAAGAUUAUUGAAAUUAUCAUUAUGUAAUUAGUGUAAAAAGAAAAACUGGUUUUCUCUCCUAAGUUGUUGUAGCUUCUUAUAAUGUUUUGCUAUACUUUACGAAACUAGAAAAUAAAACAAACGUGUUAAAGUUAGCAUGGUGAAUUUGUUCUUUUGUAAAGUAUUCAUAAAGAUUAGAUUGUAAAGACAUUAAGGAAACCCUAAUUCUAAUAUAUAAAAUGAAAUAUUGACACAUACCUCAACUUCAAGCUUAACAGUAAAACAUUUCGUUUAUGUGCUUUUCAGUGAUUUUCAUGUUUGAUCUAUAUUACUAAUUAUUUGUUUUUUAAUAAAAUACAAGUUUGUUUUUUUUAAAGUGUGCUAGAAAUGUUCACGUGUUGUCAUAUUUCAGUGAGAAAUAAUUAAAAUUUCUGAUUACUCGUAAAAUUUUGGUUUUAAUAAUAUGUUGAAAAUAUGACGUAUUUAAUCAAAUUGAUGACUUCAGUUUUUGUGUUCCACUUUCUUAAAACCACUAUUAUCAGCAACACUUUAACGGCACUCUGAAUUUUCCAUAGCCAAGUUUGAGCAAAGAUGACAAACAAAUCUUUAGUAUUUUACAGUAUCGUUCCUUGAUCCAGACAAAUUUCACGUAUUGCAAAACUCUAUUUACUUAGUUUUACAAACACCGCUGUAUUCUAAGAUUGGGAAAGUGAUAUUUUCCAACAAAAUAAAAGCUUAGUUAUCUUUUGGUA